AACUGCAGGCAGUUAAAAAAAAACCUGGGGCAAAUGUGACAGUCAGCCUACGGGACAGGUAAAGGUCAUGUGCUCUUAAGUGUAAUGGAUCGACGAAUUAAGUAGAAGCAGCCGAGCCGAUCCCCAGGCCGACGUUUGCAGGGCGCAGCGCAGAAGUGGUAGAGCGGAGGCGGAGUGGGGAGCGCAUUACGGAGCGUCUUAUCGCACGCUUCUCAAGGGCAGGUGCAGUCCUCGCUCAGACGCUUUCAUCGGGACAACUGGGAGCGAACAUCUUCAGAACAAAGACGACAUUUCCAGUCGGGCUACUUCGCUGCCUCAAAGCUGUAACAAUUUUACUUCAAAAGUAAAGGAAAAUUCCACGUAAAAGCCAUGCCACCAGUUCAUGCAGAACCCUGUAGCAGUGAAGAAAGCUCAUUUUGCUUGAACGGUGGUAUUUGUUAUAGAAUACCAUCAGCGUCAUCCCCCUCGUGUGUUUGCAAUGAAGACUUCAAAGGAACACGUUGUGAAGAGUUUCAGCUCCCCAUCAAAACCGCCUCAGAAAAUGACAGAGGAUUGAUUGCCGCAGUAGUUAUUAUUUCAGUCCUGAUUGCUUUAGUAUUAAUUGCGGUCAUCUACUGUGCACACAGGACCUGGAAGGAGAAGAAAAAGAGAGCAGCAGAGUCGCUUUCCAAAAAACAAAUUUUGUAACAUACUGGCAUAUAUAAACCAGACGUGAAGACACAAGCAUUCCUCAUCUUCUGGGCAAACUUUUUAUACUGGGAUCACUCAGCUAAGGUGCUUUGUACUUGGACUGUUUGCUAGGAUUCAUAUUAUAUAUUUCAAAAUUCACCAACUCAGAACAGAUUCAAUUGGUUAAGUUCAUUUUUAAAAAAGCAUUGCCAGAGAAAACACUCUAAAGGAGAAAGAAGUGCAGAAGUCACUUUCAGUCUGACUCAACACCACCAGACACCGAUAUGGGCCUUCCAUUCUGGACUUGUGCAGUAAAUUGGUUCUUUUUGUAUUAUAAUCAGAAUUAGAGUCUAAGCACUAAUUUCUUUGUGUUGAUUAUCCUCGCUUCAUUAAGCUGGACCAAUGGCUUGUAAUGACAGCAGCAAAUGGGAGGCUUCGGUUACUAAUGAAUUUAACAAUGAAGCACAUCACAGAGUGAUAUUCUUUACUUAGUGUAUAUGUUGUAGGUUUGUGAAACUUUUCAAACAGCAUACUCCUAAUGAGUGGUCUGCAGAGCCUUGAAUGGACCCUGACCUCCAAGGACGUCUGAGGAAGAGGACUCUGAACACACCUGGAGCUGGAGUUGUUAAUGUCUACACUGCAAAUUGUGCAGUCAGCUCACAUACAAAAGACUGAAGACUUGGGGAAACUCCUUCACAAAGUCUGAUCAUAACGUAACAUCAAAUCACUUGGUUUGCCCUUUUCUGUCUAAGCUGUGAUGCUCAAAGUGAUUAUUUGGGACAUGAGAACAUAAGGGUACACCUGUAAGGCACUGAGAGAGCGGGACCAAUCCCAGUUAUGUCAUACAUGUAGGGGAAGAAAGAGACAGACAAGGGUGCGUGAUCCUUACUUUUGCAUUCAUACAAGGCUCUCCAUUGUAUAGCAGCACCAUUAUAAACAGAAACCAUUUUUGACUCUUGUAUGUGCACAUAAUCUAGAGUUGAAAAAACUGCAUAAAUCUAUUAUCAAAUACAUUUAAAGGAAUGCUGUACUCAAAAAUAAUACUGAUUUAUAUGAUACCCCAUGUAGUUUGUAAAAAAAAAAAAAAAAAAAAAAAAAAAAAAAAAAAUCCCAUGUUUUCAUGCAGAAUGUAGAUAACAACAUUUCUGACGGAAUGGGAGUCUUUGGUGAUCGAUGCUGGACAACAGCAAACAAAAUCAAAAACGUGUGUGAAAAAUUCUCAUGUUACUUACGGUAUGUCACAUAAUUCAUAUGUUAUCUGGUCGUAUGCUCACAACAUUUUACUAAAAUAUUGUUAAAUAAACACGCUUGUGAAUGAAGAUGGAAUGCGUUCAGUGCAUUUGAAUUUAAGACCCGCCUCCCCUUCUCAUUCAUUGGUCAGCAGUCUGCCCCAGUAACAGCUUAUUCAUUGGCUAGCAUUGCACUUCACACAACUCACAAAGUGGUAACAUUCAGUUCAUUCUUUUCAGGUUGGAAUUUCAGUGAGAUUAUCACUAAGGACGUUACCUCCUUCCCAAAUACUGACCCCAUAAGCUAUUUGUAGAAAUUGAUUUUAAAUUCUAUAAUUUGGAAUAUGUUCUCAAAAAUGAAUUCCAUCUGCAUUAAUAGGUUAUUUCAAAGAAGGUUUACCAAUUCAAAUAAGGUAUUAGACAAUAACAUGAAUAAAUAUUUACAAAAACAAUAAAAACUGAUGUUGAAAUUUGUUGGAGUACAGUUUACACUGAUUUGAUGCCAACUGCUAUGUGUAGAGUUUAAUAGUUAAUAUCCCGUCACUAGGUGGCAGUGUUCCAAUUGCUUUUUGCUGAUAAAGUGUGGAGUGAUGUUUCCGUUGUUCUCUACUUGUUCAUGCUAUUUUGCUAUGCUGUAUAAUAAAAAGGAUGCAUGCUAGACUGCUGCCAUGUUAAACAAAAUGA